AUGGCGGCGCCCGAUUUCCUCAUCAAGAAGCUGGAGUCCUCCGAGCGCACGCACAAGGAGCUGACAUUCAGGCUCGCCGAUCCCGACGUCGCGUCGGACGCCAAAGAAUUCCAGAAGCUCUCUAAGGCACUCGGCGAGCUCACCGGCGUGGUGGACAUGUACGCCAGGUACAAGGAGUGCCAGGCGGAGGAGGCGGACGCGAGGGAGAUGGUGAAGGACGCGGCGGGCGAUGCCGAGAUGGAGGCGAUGGCGAGGGAGGAGAUCGCGGCGCUAAAGGGGGAGAUGGACGAGCUCGAGGAGAAGAUGACCAUCGCGCUCCUCCCGAAGGACCCGCUCGACGAUAAGAACAUCAUGCUGGAGAUCCGUGCGGGCACGGGCGGCGACGAGGCGGGCAUCUGGGCGGGCGACCUGUGGAGGAUGUACCAGAGGUACGCGCAGAGCAAGGGGUGGUCGGCGACGAUCCUGUCCUCCAACGCCGCCGACUUUGGCGGAUACAAGGAAAUCGUCGUGGAGAUUAACGGCGACAGCGUCUACUCGGAGCUCAAGUGGGAGGCUGGCGUGCACAGGGUGCAGCGAGUGCCCGCGACUGAGUCGCAGGGGCGCGUGCAGACGUCCACAGCGACGGUGGCGGUGAUGCCGGAGGUUGACGAGGUGGAGGUGAAGAUUGAUGAUAAGGACAUCGAGAUCAGCAGCGCUCGAUCCGGCGGCGCGGGCGGCCAGAACGUGAACAAGGUUGAGACGGCCAUCGACCUCCUGCACAAACCCACCGGCAUCCGUGUUUUCUGCACGGAGGAGCGCACCCAGCUGAAGAAUCGCAUCCGCGCCUUUCAGAUCCUUCGCGCCAAGCUGUUCGAGAUUCAGCUCGAGGAGCAGCAGAAGGAGAUCGCGGGACGGCGGAAGGCUCAGGUUGGCAGCGGCGCCAGGUCGGAGAAGAUUCGCACGUACAACUGGAAGGACUCGAGGGUGAGCGACCACCGCCUGGGCCAGAACUUCCCCCUCGACAACUUCAUCGGCGGGGACAUCGGCCCGGCCAUCGGCGGAUGCCAGGCCAUGGAGCAGCAGGAGAAGCUCGAGGAGCUCAACGCGGAAAUGACGGUGUAA